GCAGGUUAUGGACGAUAGACAGAGGUACUAGAAUACGGGGAAAAGCGGGAAUCGGUGAAUUACGUAGUUCGCCGUAAAACCGCCGCUACUACAACAAUACUACUAGCGCCAUAAGGGUCGUUUUCUCAGAGCCUAUCACAAUUGAGCGUCUUUUGCGAAGUUACCUGCUCUCGUCUCGAUAGUUGGGUGCAGUACUUUAGGUAUAAUACUGAAUUACUCUUGCAAAUGUCGUAGGGUGGUUCCUUUAUAGCUAGCGAAUCGAGUCAGUAUGAUGAUUGUAAAAAAGCUGUGAUUUGAGGGGCCUGGGCGUGUACAAAGAAGCAGUGAGACAGUCUAUGUUAAUUUUGGAGACACUGACAUGCUGGAAUGCACAGCGUUGGGCCGCCAGCAUGAGCAGAGCGGUUUUGUUGCAGCAAAACACAUUCCACAGUAAAUUGUGCCGCCGCUGAUGAUUUGGACCGGCGAAAGCGGCUGCCACUGCAGCGGGCCGAGCCCGAUCCCGCGAUUGAGCACCAUGCAUGCAAAAGGAGAGUGCAAGGUGCAUGUCUACGUCGAGAGCCUCUUCAUCUCCGUGUGCAUGCGGAGCGGACGAAGUGAACAACUGUUUGUUGUCCGAAGUGACGUAAUGAAGAUAGUACAGGACCAAGGCAAACAGCUUGAGUGCAACACGCUGGUGUCAUAGCUAGGAAAAAGAAGAGUGCACCGCCGAAACUGAACUUCCAGUUGAAUCUACAUCCGGGCCUGUUCGUCAACAAAACGGCCGACGGACCACACACACGCUGCGCGCGCUGCAUGCAUGCCCAGCCAGAGCAUAAUUAUUUUGCUGCGUGCGCGCGCGCGCGCGGGAGCACGUGACGGGCGACAUUAUCACGUGGUGUUUUUGUUUGUCUUCUCCACAGUGUUCUCACAGUUCGGAUUUUAGGCUUGCAGAACCAUGGGAAUAGAAACUGCACUGGAGUUUCCCGCUGAAGGGGGGAGCAAAUUUCUUUCCAGCUCUUCUUUUGACAUGAAUAAUGCUGUUGAUUCUCUGACUCCGAAGACAGCUGGCGCUCAAACUCAAAGGCACUCUACGGGGAAGCAAGGGGAGCCAAGCGACUGUGCAGGCAUCCUACAGGCUGUUCAACAGAGUGCUCCACAGGCUAGAACUCCAGAACACGAAUGCCAGGCUCUCAGAAGUACAAAAGCACCAGGAAGAAACCCACUGCAGGAUUAUCCUGAAGAGGGACCAGAGAACACACUGCAGACUACCAAACUUCCCUCUAAAGAGAUCCCAGAAGACUUACUGGAAAGAAUGAAAACAUGUAAAAUGGACUCACAGGAAAUACAAAAAAGAAAACAAAGGAGCAACCCAAUAAACAUGAGCAAGGAACUGCUGCAAUGUACUUUACCUGCUUACCUGGAGUCAGCUGUGCAACCUCUGCUGAGAGGCAUAGUAGAAAAAUUGCAGCUAAUGCGUAGUGGGCAAGAAAGGCUGGAUGAUAGCCUGCACAAAAGGGCACAAGAAACCGUAGAGGCUGUUCAGCAUAGUCUCGGAGAGCGGAUUUCCCAGAUGAAUAGGGAAGAGCAGCUUUACUAUGCCUACAUGAUCCGCUCGUUUAGCAUGCGUCUUGUUGGAUACCACGGUUCACCAGAGCAACUGCAGUCGUCUGUUGCAGUUCCUGGACUAGUUGCUCUACUCCUGAGCAUAGGCCUUGGUCUAGAAGAUGGCUUGUACAGAAACAUUGUGGACAAUGAUGGCUUCUUUGUUGUUGUACCUGUAUUUAGGGCUAUGGUUUGUGAAGGCAGAGUUCCGGUACCUCCCGGAAACCCUACUGUAACUGAAGCUUUUCAACAAAUAGAUUCCAUAAACUCCCAUCAGUGGUGGUACCAACAUUUUCUGGGAUCCUUUGAGCAAACAGCCCUUUGUAUGAAUAUGAGCACUUUUACCACUCGAAAUGAAGAAAGAAGUGGUGUUAAUAAUAAAAGUACAUUGGUUGGAAAACAUGCUUUUGGUAAGGAUUCCACCAUUGGAGACAUAGGAGACGAGAAAGGAAAGCAUCCAACUCAUAGCGGGUUCUGCGGCGAUAUUAAUGGAGCUCAUAUGUUUCCAACUGAGAGAUUUUCGAGCAUUUCACACAAUGACUCUCAUGUGGAAGGUGACUACAGUGAAGCAGCUGCAGUAGCACUAGCAUUGAAACAGGGCUUUUCAUCGUUUUCACAAAUAAUGCUGUUUAAUGGUAGAAAUGGUUCUAAGAGUAUUGCUUUGCCCGAAGUAGACCAGACCAGUGAUGUGUAUGCGGGGAGUGCUACAGGAUUUGAAUGGCGGUCUUUUGAUUCUCAAGUUACUAGAGCAACCACUAUAGAAAACGUAGUGCAUGUCGUAAAAAAAGUGUCUGUUGAAAUGAAGGAUAUGCAAAAAGUUAAGAAAUGGGCAGUACCUAAAGAGCCGCCGUUCAACAAUCAGACAAAUGCAGUGUCAUUGACAUCUGAGCGCUAUUCUGAUCAGGGUAGAAACAUGGUAGCCAAUGCCUCCUCUGAACCACUACCUGUAGCCAGUGCUUUCUCUGAACCACAACCUGUAGCCAGUGCCUCCUCUGAACUGCAACCCUUGUUAACAUGCCCACCUGCACCAAAGCCUCAACCUCCUCCCCCUACUGUGUGGUGCUGGAAGAGACGACUGGAAUCUCUGACCAAUGUGCAUGGUUUUAUAGGUAAUGCAGGUCCGGUAGCAUUGGAAGAGCAAGACACGGAGUGUCAGGAAACUAUCUGUCAUGCAAUAGCCUGUGUCUUUAGAGAUGAUGAUGCAGUUUCUCUCAUUCACACACUAUGCAACAACAAUAUAUCUCCCAGACUCUUCUGCAUGCAGGACAAACUUGGAAAUACUCCACUUCACAUUGCAGUCUUGCAUGAUGAUAUAUUGGUUGCAAGAGAGCUUGUUGGACUAGAUCCAUCUGCCAUAUCCAUUAGAAACUGUGAGCAUGUGACUCCUCUAGAUAUUGCAGUGAGCAAAAUGAAUGAUGAGAUGGUUAGCUGUCUAUUGGGGAAAUGUGUGCUGUCUGAUCCACAUGGUACUAGUAGUGUGGUGCUCUUGCAGUCUUGUCUCUUAAAAGCAAUGAAAACCGGUCACAUUUACUACCUCGAAACCCUGCUAAAACUUCACUCUGUGCAUGAUCUUGCCAUUGACUUUGAAUGUGCGGACGGUGAUGGGUAUACAGCUUGGCAUCAUCUUAAGCAGAAUGUACCAGGUGCGAGAGCUGCUGCUAUAAAAGUGUUGAAGGACUCUGGCUUGAGCGAAAAAUUGCGUAGGAAGCUACUGAAGAUGCUAAAUGCAGACUUCUGUCUGGAUUUUUCUGCUGAAGAUCCUGCUGCUGUCCCUACUGCACGAGAAAUUGAUUCCCUACCAUCAGUUAAAGACAUGGACUCACCAGAAGAAAGAUGUACUGCUGCAAUAGACACAGAAUCUCAGUCUGAACAAUCCAUGUAUUCAGAUGAGGAAAAAACUUCGCUAAACACUGUUUCGAGUACUGAAUGUAAAAGCACAACUGGAAUAGAAAUGGAUGUAUUUGACUCAUCCUCAGAUGGAUUAAAAACUUUAAAAUCUAGUCCAUUACCCAAGGAACAUGAAAAUGAUAACCCAACCAUACUGGCAUCUGAACCUUAUGACGCAGUAAGUGCACCUGACUUCAGAUCUGAUACUGUGACUGAAGAGUUGAACAAGGAAGAUACAUCUACAGAAGAACCUCCCCAUAAAGCACAAAUAUCUCUACCCUGCCAGCCAGUGGAUGAUGUAAUCCAAGGAGAGAAAUUGGAGGAAUCAGACAACGAAAUUAAGCCUAUCCGUGUUUUUCACCCCGUCACCAGUCUUCAAACAGGCAAUAUUGUCGGUCCACUCUGGCGGAUGAGGCAAAAGUUUAAAAAAGCGGAAGUUCAGAAAGAUAAGAAUACAUCAACUUUUGCAUCAGCAAUCUGGAAGAACAGGUAUCAUAAUCCCUACCUAGAAAUGAGGAUGUUAAGAAAGGGUCUACGGUUUGAUCUCUCGUGUCAACAACAAAAUUCCCAGUGCCGUGACACUUCUUUGUACGGUGCAACUGCCUCUACUCACAACUCAGUACUCCCACAAUCAAAAGCUUCUCCACCAGCAAAAGAGAGAAUAGAGGAGGAAUGGUCAAUUUUAACUCGUCAGUACACAAGAGGUGAUAUGACGAACAAAAUUCCUGAAACUAAGCGAAACGUACAUGUACCUGGAUACAGCUCCACAAGAUAUACCGUCUGUAGCUCGAUGGCAAGGUACUACUUCCCACCGGUUGCAUGUUCUAUCGCAUUCAAGCAGUCAUUUGUCGACAGCAGAAACAUUGUAUUUCACAUCAAAUCAGCUGACACUCAUGUACGUAGAAAGAUGUUUCAUUGUCUAGAAAGUGAAGUUCUGAACUUUAAGAAACACUCUUCUCUUGCAAGCCGUCCUGUACAUCUCUUACACAUUCAUGUGGAACCGUCGGUGGAUGAUUCGGCAGGUAAAGAGGUGUGUAGAACUUAUGAAAGCACCAUUCCUUGGCAAGUAAAGUCUCAAAAUGGCACUAAACCUAAUCCUCGCUCCCUCCCUGACCAAAUUCAGAAAUAUGGAUGUCAAUAUUUUGAUACAAGUAUUUGUACCUCCAGUGCAGAGCAAGAAGAACAAACUUACACUUUUACUGAUGAGCCUGGCUUAUAUUUUGUUCCAAUACUACUAGAUUCAGCAUUUGAAAAACUACCAAUUUCUGACACACAAGAAGCAAUUGAUAUUAGAGAGGGCAUGGUUCAAAAUGGUUCACCUAAAUCAAAUGCAAAUGUUGCUGCCUCUAAUACAGAACCGCUGGAACAAACUGACACUUGUACUGAUGAGCUAGGCUUAUUAUUUUCUCUAACACUAUAUUCACCAUGUGACCCAAUCCCUGAUACACAAGAGGUAAUUGAUAUUACGAAGGAAGAUAUUGAUGAGAAUCCUGAGCCGUGUUAUGACCCAGAGCAAAUUUCAGAAUUAACUUUGUUUAUUCAGCCACUAUCUUUAGCAGUUACUGUAUCGGAUAAUACAUCUCCUGCUCAAGAAAACAACUCACGAAGUGAAGGUGCUGUGGAAGAGUCAAGACCAGAACUUCUUGAAAGAUUUAAGCUAGAACCGAAUUCCCAUUGUGAAUCAGCUUCCUUUAGCAGCAGUAAAACUAGCACCAAUUCUUCAACUGACUCACAAGGGUGCACUUCUGCAAAGGAUACUCAGCAGUCUGAUUUGUCAUCAUCUGAGUUACCGUUACGUCAGAAACACUCAGCGUCUGGAAAUAGGCAACGUGCAGAAUCUAGAAUUCUGAAAAAUCGAUGUUCAAGUUCAGAAUCAUCAGAAUCAGACAGUAAAGAACAAUCUAAUGAUCCUACAAGGGGAAAAAAGAAGUACGCAAAAGGUGGUGCAUCUGCACCGCCAAGUAAAUCAGCAACACUAAAGCCACUAAUACAAUCGCAGGAAAAAAAGCAAUGUGUGAACGAUAGUGAGGUAGACGGCGCUGGCACUCCUGUCCAUGCUGCAACGUAUAGUCCAUCAGUAGACGGCUCUACCAAACUCUGUACCAGUAACAUCACUAAUAGUCAACCCACGGAUGACACUGAGGUUGAUGGCUUUACCACUCCGCCUACUGAGACUCCGCCUACUGACACUCUACCAUCAAUAUUAUAUGACUCUGCCAAACCCUCUGCUGCUGAAACUGCAGCAACAAACAGUCCACCGUGCAGAGAGGAAGAGUCCUCGGGAGUGAGUGUGUUGGAGUUCACCAACUCCAGUAACCCUCUGGAUGUCAUCCACUCCCACAUGAAGGUCUACUCCAAGUGCUGUCCUCGACACGACAUAAGGAACUUUGUAACAAUUGGCACGACCUACCCACCAUCUGACGCAUUUGGCCCAAAGAGAAGAUAUUGUUCCAUCAAAGACAUACACUCGGAUCCAAGUCACUCAGAGUUUGACUACACAAAGAAACUCUCGGCUCAGAGCAUCAGCAACAGACACUACAGAGACAGUGAGAGCCAGCAGAUCAUGUUUGAGAGACCCAGCCCAGAGUCAGUUCUGAGACAGAACAGGGGAGCCCUACCUCCCAAACUCCACUCACCGUCACUAGUGCAGAGUCUCAUGGAGACAACAGAGUCCCACCCCAGUCCUCCCCUUUCUUCCAGACAGCAGACUUCACAGCUUCACCAUCCGACCGAGAACUUGGCCCAGGGACGAAGCAAGAACAGUGACGCUGCUGUCGUUACUGUAGCCAACAGAGAAGCAAGUGCAGAAAACCCUAAAUCAACAAGAAGAGUCCAAAAUGCUCGCAGUUCAAUACAAUCUCGACACUCAUUCCUGGACUCAGAGACUGUACCGAGAGACCACAAGGAGAGGAUACGUGGCACAGCAGAGCUCCUCCAUGCCCAGGACUACAACAGGAUUCUCCCCAUAGCCUACGAGGGGGAUCCCCCUCACUCUCUCCCUCCUCUGCUAAAGAUUCCGUUCGUCUUCAUCACUGGCCUGGCCUACUACAAGCUGUCCAGCCACAAGAAGAGUGUCCAGUUCUUCACCCAGUGUCUGGCACUGGCAGACGACUGUGGCAGAGACGGAGACAUCACUAUCUGCAACAUCUACAUCGGGGACAUUGAUUUUGCCAAGAGGAGGUACUCUGAGGCUGCCGGGAGGUACCAGACAGCUCUCCAGCAUUACUCCAGAGAGUCGGUGGCCCAGGACUUCCGUAUGGUGAUGCCCACCCGCUCAGCCGUCUGGCUCAAGUGUGGCUCUGCCUUCAAGAAUGCCUCCAGAGUAGGGGACUCGGUGGCUGCCUACGAGAAGGCCAUUGAGCUAGCUGCCUCCAAGAAGGACCAGCUGAGUGCCCACACCAGUCUGGGGAACCUCUACCAGGGCAUCGGGGAGAACGGGAGAGCCGUGAAGGAGUACGAGGCAGCCAUAGAGCUAGCUCAAGAUCUCGAAGACAAUGUCUCCCUUGGCUGGAACCACGGGAAUCUGGGGAAUGCCCUCCUUGGGCUCCACCAGAGAGACAAGGCCCUCCACCACCUCUUCAAGGCCCUGGAUAUGGCAGUGGAGUUUGAAACCACGCCUCAAGCAAUAGGUAGAGCAUAUAACAACCUCGGAACUGCCUUCCAGUCACUGAAUGAACUCGCAAAGGCAGAAGAGCACUACGAUCUAGCUCUUGCUCAAGCCAUCUAUGGCAACGACAUCCCAGGCCAGGCGAGGGUGUACGGGAACAUAGGGAACCUCCAGAUGCUGAACAAACAGUACGACAGAGCGGUUCCCCACUACACAGAGGUCAUGCGUCUCUCGCAGGACAAGGCCACCAUUACCACAGCCCACCACAACAGAGGCUGUGCCUACUAUGACUGGGCUGAGAAGAAGAAGACAGCUGCCAUGCCAAAGACUCCCACGAUUCACGGGGGAAACAGUUCAGCUCAGAAGCCUAGAGGACCCACUCGAUCAUCGAUACCUGAUGUGGGCCGAAGCAGUGGAGCAAGAAGUAUGGCAACCAAUUGUAGAGAGAUAGAGAUCAAGGGACAACAAUCCUCUCGGCACCUCACUGUAUCAGACUCUCACAGCUCCUCAGAUGACGAGCUACCGACCAAAGAGAGCUGUUUCAGUGUCUCCCUGCACGGACCUGACUUUGAGCGCUGCGAGGACAUUUUCAGACCUCACAUUGUCACUCCAGCCAUCCAGAAGUACUUCCUGCAGGGAACCAGGGACCUGGAGUAUGUGAUAAAACACCACGAGGUGAAUUUCAGUGGCAUCAAGGGCUCCUCGAAGGGACUUAGUCUCUCGGUCUCCCUCUUUGAAACCAACAGCAGAACCUUCCACAGAAUGCAGGACUGCCUGGUCCACAUCCAGAAGGGGGAGGAGCAACCAAUCAGAUACGAAGACGCUCUCCUGGUGGCCGAGCAGAGCAGAGCCCGGACCCUCGGAGAGCUGAUGCUGAGGAGAAGAGGGCCUCAGUUGGAGCACGAGCUCAUGUCCCCUCCCUCUCUGUUCCAGAUGAAGGCCAUCGUGGGCAGACAGAGCUGCCCCGUUGUCUACCUCUCGUACACAGGAGAGAGGCUCCUGGGCUGGCUCCUCUACCCCACCUCUGACAACCAGUCCUCCAUCGUCAACAUGUUUGAAGUUCCUCUCAGUGACAACGAGUUUGACGGAAAAUCUCUGGACUACCAUCUUCGCUACAGCCUCAAUGAGCAACUGGUCGAGAAGAGCUUCGAAAUGUACAAGCCGUUUGACUACGAGAAGGAAAAGACAGAGCCGCUGGAGAAGCUGUAUGACUUGGUGGCUCGACCCGUCAUGAGGAUGCUCUCUACUCUGAACACCAAACACUCCCUGCAACAAGGAUCUGCUGAAACAGAUCAGGUCCGAGGGAAAAAGAAAGGGGGACUUCGAAAGAUUGUUGUUAUUCCUGAUAGCUACACCAACCUUCUCCCCUUCACCUGCGUCCUCGACAAAGACACUGGGAAAUUCUGGGGAGACAACUACUACUUCCAAAUAGUGCCCUCCCUGCUAACGAUGGGUAUUCUGGACCAGCUGCCAACAGUGUCAGUGACCAUCCCAGUCCAGUACCAACAGAUGCUGUGUGUGGUUGGCAACCCCAACAUCCCUCGCUUCAAGUUCAACAACGAAGACUGGGACCUCGGCAAGCUACCACACGCCACGAAGGAAGCAGAGUGGGUGUCCCACAUACUGCAGUGUAAACCCAUCCUCCACGAACAGGCCACAAAGGACGCAGUUCUCAUGAGAAUCAUGAACGCCAAAGUCAUCCAUCUGGCCACCCACGGCAGUGCAGUCGCAGGGUUCCUUGCAUUUGCAGGAAUGACAUCAUCCUCCAGCGAGGCCGUCGAUGCCAAACGUGUCCUCAUCUAUCCCGACGAGAUCGAGUCGCUCAACAUCUCCCCGGCACUCGUCGUACUCAGCAGCUGUGACAGCGGACGAGGUGUCUUCAAGGCAGACGGAAUCCAAGGAAUGGCCAGAGCCUUCAUCCUGGCAGGGGCCCAGGCGGUCCUCACUGCACUGUGGAGGGUCCCGGACGAGUCUGCCUGCAUCUUCAUGCAGUUCUUCUACCAGUACCUGGUGGAGGGGAUGCGUGGGACCCAGGCCCUCCACAAGGCAAUCCUCUGUCUCCGCUGUUUCUCCAAGUACUCCCAGUACAUCCACUGGAGUGGCUACCAGCUCACUGGCAGAGAGUUCCAGUUCAGUGUCAGCCAGUCCUACUCACGAGCCCAGCUGGCCACCAGACUUGGUACCUCCUCUGUCUUCCCUCGACUGGACAUUCUGAAGAACCUGGAGACUGCCUUCUUGAACAAUCCCAAGCUACCCACUGAUGUACAGGUCCUGCACGCUCCACCAGGAGUGAAGCCCUCUGAGCCACUGGUUGAUUUCAUCCACUGUCACCACACCCACUUCUCUGGAGGCAUCUUCUGGGUCAACUGCCGCACCCCUCAGCUCAUUGAGGCCUCCCUCACUGCCAUCAAAAACAGUCUGAGACUGAAAGAGCUCUCGGAGCUCCCAUUCCUCGAGUCCCACCCAACAUUGGUUGUUCUCUACUACCUCAACCACUUCCCCAAGGAGGACGACAGCCCUCUACUGAGUCUCCUGAAGCACUCCAGUGUCCACAUUGUCGUCGUCUCCAAGACCGCAUUCCCAGAGCAGCUGCAGAAGUCCGCGCACAACCAGCUCAUCCGAGGGACCAACAUCAUCAACAUCAAGCCACUGUCAACAAUCCACGCCACGCAGCGUCUGGUCCACUCUGCCCUCCAGAACCACCACCUGACUCCCUCCAAAACAGAGCAGGUGUUGUUUGAGAAACUGGCCGAGUUCACCACUGGAAGUCCUCCCAUCAUCGAUCUGACCAACUCGCUCCUAGACCUCACUCUCACACGGACAGACGCCAGCACAGAAGACGCUCUCAAAGACUUUGCCUCUGGAGUCAGGUUGUCCGAGCUGCCUCAGCAGAAGCCUCUGUCUGUUCCCAGGGAGCACCUCUCUUCCCAGCCACAGGAACAAUUCCUCCGCACACCUGUGAGAGACGUCAGUCGAGAACUCUAUGAGAGCAUCAAGAGAGACGGCGAAGAAGACGUCUUUAUCACCAGUGCAAAGUAUGACUCGUGGCAGGUGGUGACGGUCCUCAUCCAGCACUGCGAUCUCACCCCUGAAGAGAGGCUCCUCCUCUUCUGUCUCUCCAGCUUCAACUGCUGCCCCAUCCCGGCCUCCUACGUCACAGAGGUUGCCACCAUCAUCACCAAGGCCGCGCACCAGUCCCACCUCGCCAGCACUCUCCACAACAAACUCAGAGAUACCAAGAUGCUCAAAGACUACCCCAAACCCCUCAUCUAUCACCCCAACUACCCAAAUUCUUCCACCGACGAAGAAACCGACAUUGACUUUGUGUACAUCCCGCGUUUCAUCUCAGCAGCCGUGUGGAAAGACAUGAUGUCUGACUUUGACAAGGUGAUGGCUCUGACCACUUGCUACAAGGCCCUCGAGAUCUCUGCCAGUCAGUAUCAAAACUCGGUAGGCCAAUCAAAACAGUCCACAGCUGAGAAUCUACAGGUGCUGCACCUGCUUGGAGCAGCCAGCAUCCUAGUGGAGAGCUUUGAACAACAUUUCAAGCUAGUGGGAAGAUCGUGUUUCCAGAAGGUUUAUAUGCUCUUCAUCCAACUUCACCGACACUGUCUACAACCGCACCCACAAGUUAAAUCACUCGAACACUUAUGAGCUAUGUAUAUCACAGAGUCAGAUUUUAUUCAUGCUAUUCAAAAGCACUACCUGUAACAAAUCAAAAGUUGACCCCUUAUUCUGACUCUGUGAUUACAUAAUUCAUAAUAGAUUGAGUGAUAUAGCCAGUUGUGGAUCAGUAUCCGAUAGAGAUUACAGCUGGGGAUGAAAACAAAACCCUUGAGAGCGUAAAUCGUAUAUGAAGCUACGAAUGAACUCAACAGUGAUUUCCUCCACGAAAUGGAGAACAAAUUUAAGGCAACAAUCACUUAUUACAGGUCACGUAACUGUCAUUGUAUAUACAGUGAUUAAAAAACAUCAAAUUUUGCUGGUGUAUAUACAACACAA